UGACAACUGUGUAAACUUAAAAGAUUGUUUAUCCUUCAAUUACUUUUUCUUAGCAAAAUGAAUAUUUGCGGGAAUGUUUAUGUCUCUAAAAACGUUUCAAAGUUUGCACUAAAAUGUUUAUAUUGCGAUGAUGACAUAGAAGAUUGGGAGACCUUUGUUAGUCACAUACAAAGUUUGCACAAUUCGGACCUCGAGGAGCCAUGUAUCGAUCCAAUAGGCCAAAUGGAUUACAAAGAGGACAAUGCUUUAGAUUGGUUGAAAGAUGAAGUGCCCAUACCUGCUGUUGGUAACGGUGUUCAGUGGGAUGAAACUCCAAAUGCUCUAAAAAUUGAAAUUGCAUCUGAAGAGGAAAACUCGAAAGCUGAAGCUGAGUCAAGUAAAGAACCAGAUUGGGACAAUGAUCAAGAUGAAAACUUCGAGAUAAAUGAUAGUAGUUCUGAUUCCGAUUCCCCAGAUGAGAGCGUUCGUAAAACUAGAAAACGAAGUGCCAAAAAGGUUGAGGAUAGUGAUUCAGAUGAAGAUUCUCCCGAUGGAAUUGAUACUAAAACAAAAACUGGAUUACUUAAAACGUUUAAGCCAUCGUUUUAUAGGAAUAACAGAAAUACAAACGUAUUCUUGGACAUGUAUGAAAAAUCUCCUUGUUUAUGGAAUCCAAAAGAUGAGAACUACAACAAUAAUUCAAAGCGCGCUGAGUGUAAGGAAGAAAUGAUAAAAGAGAUGAAAAGUAAAUGUCAAAUAGUUUUAAGCCAUAAAAAAUUGUGGGAAUGUUUUCGAGCGUUAUACACACUAUACAAAACAAUUGGAGAAGCUAAAGAAAACAAAUCGGAAGCAAGAUAUAAAAAAUUAUCUCCAACGAUACUGGCAUAUUAUGAUAGAUGUUCCUUCCUUUCUGUCGCAGAAGAAGGCUUUCUCGAUGUUUUUGACGAUACGCCAAAUACAGUUACGAACUUAAGUGUUGCAACUAUAAAUUCCACAACAAUAACGUUUGUAGAAGCAUAUAAACGUUUUACAUCCCUUUAUGAUAAUUCACAUCCAGAUUAUAAUUACGCAUCUAAGCGCAGGUUAAGAUACAAAGAUAUGGCUGAUAUUCUUAGGACGGAACAAAAUGUAGAAUUUACGGAAGAUGAUAUUUAUAAAGGAAUCGAUUAUUUGCGUCAUUGGUAUUAUAAAUUAAAAAGUCGUCUCGGGAAGACAUUACAAUAUCAAAUGUUAUCCAAUGCUGCCCAAUUUUAUGUAGAGAAAAUGAGUUUUCUACCAGAACGAGGCAACAGGCCAAAAAUUAAAUGUACAGAGUGUGACAAGGUGUUCCAGGGAAAUGUAGCAAGAAGGAUUCAUCUUUACAAGGAGCAUAAAAUCGGUGAAUUGCCCUACGCUUGCACGGAAUGUAAUAGAACGUUUAGCUCCCAUGCGGCUAUGAGUGGCCAUAAGAAGAGAAAUCAUAUGGAGAAAAAAUUCAAAUGCGAAUUUUGCGAUCGUUGUUAUGCUAUGCAAGGCGAUUUAAAUAAUCACAUGUCGUCACAUACCGGUGAUAAACCCUUCAUAUGUGAGCUGUGCGGUAAAGCGUUUCGCACGAGAACAAAAUUGCGUUUUCAUAAUAAUGCGAUACAUUUAAAGCUGCGUGAAUUCAAAUGCACUAUGUGUACAAAAGACUUCUUAAAGAAACGCGAUCUUAAUGACCAUAUAAAGGCGCACCUCAAUAUACGUGAUAAAAUAUGCGAUACGUGUGGCAAAGGCUUUACAAACUCUCAUGCGCUGUUACGUCACAAACAAUUACAUGCGGAAGUUAAAAAAUUUGCUUGUAAGUUUUGUGACAAACGAUUCUAUCAAUUUGUGGGCCUUAAUUCACAUAUGAAACAUAGACACGACAUUUAUAAGAACAGUCAAAAAAGGAAACCAGAAGAGAUCGCUGAAACAUCAACUCAGAUGGCAAUGAUCAUGCAUCCCGGUUACAAUAUUCAGUAACCCUUUUAAGUUUAAGGAUUUGUAAGAGUUAAUUCGAAUGUGUAUUAUCUCUACAAAAAUUAUUGCAAUACUUUAAAUAUAUUUCUAACAAAUUAUACUUAUAAGUUAACAUAAUAAACAACCAUACGCAUAAAAAAA